GUGAUAUGGAUGGUAAAGUGAAGAUUUUAUUUGUUAUCAUCAGUUUAUUGUUGUUGGAAGUUUUCUGUCAGCAUACUAUGUACCAGUUCAAGCGUUACACUUACAAAAAGAAACGUGAUGAUAAAAAGUAUAGAAGUGCCAAAAAUCCUUGUGAAGGUAGACCCGACUGUCUUGCUCAUAAAGGUGUGGACCAAUUAAUGUGUGUCAGAGAGUGCAUGUCAAAAUUCUGCUUUGAUGAACUGUACAAAAAUGACCUACUUGAAGAUGGAGAAAUUGAUGUGCGACUGAACUCAUUCAAAGGAUGUUUGUCUCAGCAAUCCAAUAAUAUAUACUCCAAGAUGAACAAUAUAGACUUGGAUGGAAACUAUGUUCCGAACUGAAAACAAUAUACAAAGACAGAUAUAUGAUAUAACUGUGGUUGGAAACUUAUGUUCCAAACUGACUCAUAUAUACAGACAGAUUUAUAGCAAAGAAUUGGAAGGAAACUAAGAUCUAUACCAAAGUUUACAUAGUGAUUUUAUUCAUUAUUAUCAGUAGAUUCAGAUUUAAAAGACUAUUUUUAGAAUGCCAAUCUCUGAUGAUUUUGUUACUGAUUUGUUAAACUAUUAAUAAUGAAAAAUACAUCAUGUGUUGUUUUUUAGAUAAAUAAAGAUCAUUUUGAUA